AUGAGUGAAAUGAAUUGCACUAAGCUAGCAAUUUUUAAUGAAAACCCAUUAAAAAAAUAGCACUUGAAUUAAAAAAAUAAAGAUUUAGAGGUGAUAUUAAGCUCUCCUUAAUUAAAUAAAAAGCAGAUUGUAUUUUGUAAACGGAUUGAAUAACUUGAUUUAAGUAACUAGGGUUUAAGUGAGAUUAAUAAAGAAAAGUUGAAUAAUAUAUGGAUCAUUAAAUUAGAUUUGUCGCAUAAUUGCAUUCGAUAAUAUGGUGAUGAAUUUAAGAUAUUAUAAAAUUUAAGAAUAUUAGAUAUAUCAAAUAAUUAUCUUAAAAUUUUACCAUUUAAUUUUAAUAAAUUUCAUCCCCAAUUAUAGAAUUUAGAUAUUUCAAAUAAUUAUCUCAGUAUUUUGCCAUAAAUGCCAGAUGAAUUAAUUUAAUUGAAUAUUGAAUAUAAUCAGGUACACCUAUUUCCUUAGCUACUGAAACAUUCAAUUUAAAUUUUGUUGCUUACAGGAAAUCCAAUAUAUGAAUUAAAAUACUACUCUUAAUUAAAAGAGUUCAGUAUUGAUUGGGUUAUUUAUUUGGGUUGGAACGAUAGGAUAAAUGGACAAUAGUUGGAAUAAUUUUAGAAUUGGCUAUAGAAAGAGCAUUAAGCAACAUUCUAAAAUAUGAUAAAACAUUUUCUGGGGGAUUAUUUUAAUUAUUAAAAUACUGAUGAGAAUGGAAAUACUAUUAUACAUCAAGCUGCUUUAAAAUAGCAUUUAGGGGUUAUUUUGGGUUGCAGUAACGUUGUUGAUAAAAAUUCAUAAAAUUAUCAGAAAUAGACUCCUAUCUAAGUAGCAUUGUUUUCGGAUAAAUUUUAAAGUGUUAAAUGUUUAUUAUCUUUAAAUGUUAAUCUAAAUUAAGUAAAAAUAACUUUAUUCUAGUAAAAUCUAGUUAUAAUAUCAUUAAUUAAAUAACAGAUAAACUUGAUGCAAGGCUUCUUAUAACAUGGAACUGAUCCAAAUGAAAUGGAUAAAGAUGGGAAUACAGGUUUACAUUACUUAAUGAACAAGUGGCCAAGCUUUUAAUUUCCAGAAAAAUAUGCUGCUCUUCUUUUAUAUUAUGGGUAAAGUCUUCAAAAGAUAAUUAGUGCUUGUCCUCUGAUGCUAAACGCUUAAGGUUUUAGUUCAUUUCAUAUUGGAGUUAAACGUGGAUUUAUCUCUGCAGUUUAAUUUGCAUUGUAGUAUAAAGGAUAACUUGAUAUAUAUGACAGAUGCUCGCACCCUUUUGAAAUUACUUAAGUUACAGGAAUAGAUAAUUUAAGCGUUUUUGAUAUUUGCAUGCAAUAAAAUCAAAUCUAAAUGUGUUUUUUGUUGUUGGAAUAUAGCUAGUUUUACAUUAGUUGCAAACCUAAAUCUUAUGGUUGUUUAUGGAAACUUAUACUGAAAAAUAAUAAGGACAUUUUGUCUGAAUAUUUUCAAAAAUCCAGAAAUAAGUUAUAUUAAUAUCGUAAAUAAAUAUAUAAACCUGAAAACUUAUAUACUUGUUGCUUCAAUUUAACUAAAUAAUUGAAUGCUUCAUUUAUGAAAAUUAAUUAACCUAAUUACUUUACAAUGAGCAAAUCGCCGAAUUAUUAUUUUAAAACAUAAGAUGCUCCUUUAUUAAAGGAAGGAGAUAAUGAUCAUAUCGAAUAUUCAGACAGUUCGAUUGAUUCGCAUGAGGAAACAAAAGGGUUACUACCUGUUAAUUGGAGUCGAUAUGACUGCAACAAUGAAAUGAAUGCUCCUAAGUUAUUCAUUGAAUCAAAUACUGUUGUAACCGAAAAAGAAACCCAUAAAGGUAAUUCAAAAAUUAGAUAAAUGGCAGCAGCUUAUUACAAUGAAUAUAUAUUAAAUGAUAAUUUAUCAAAAAAGGAGGAAAUUUUGAUUAUUUUACUCAAAUUGAAUUUCUAGAUUAAUACAGUCAAUUAGAUGAGCGAUUAUUCGAUAUAAGAAAUACUUAUCCAAAUUGUUUAAGAUUAUUUCUAAAAAUGUGAAAUAAUAUCCGACCAACAAAGCUCUAUAUAAUAAGAAUCACUAUUUUUUAAGGAUUUAGAAAGUAUAGAUCAGGGUGCUUCCACAUGUUAGAUAAUUUUAAUGCCAUCCUCUAUUAACUACUUAAAAUAAAGAUUUGAUUAAUGGACAUUAGAAUAUUUACUAAGGUUUACUUCUAAAUUUAGUGAACAUUCUAAACUUUCUGAAAUUCACUAAUUUGAAUUAUUUUAAUUAUGA